AUGGAAAGUAUCAGCAGGACAUAUGAAAAUAUUAAAAAUGAUAAAAAUAAUUUAUCAAAUGUUGAAAACGCGAAAAAUGGAAAUUUGAAAGCGGCCCCCAAUGGAACCAUCUGUUGUCCUGAAGACUUAAAAAUGUAUAGCACUAUUCAGCUAAAUCAGGAAAUAGAAAUAUCCAAAAAUCCAUUUCCUUUACAAGAAGUUAAUAAAAAAAACGACAUACCAUUGUGUGCCCAAGAAUUUUCGGACCUAACGGAUCCGUUAUAUAUUAAAAAGAUAUGCCUGGAGAAAAUACCAGAGUGGCACCAUUUUACCGAAGAUAAUUUAAGGGUUAAGCAGAUACUAAGUGGACUAACCAACCAGUUAUUUGAGGUGGGACUAAAAGAAGAAACAGCAAACAAUUAUCAUUCCAUAAGGACACGUGUUUUAUUUAGGAUUUAUGGAAAACACGUUGACGAGUUGUACAAUACAAUCUCCGAAUUUGAAGUGUACAAAACUAUGAGCAAAUAUAAAAUAGCUCCCCAGUUGCUAAACACAUUUAAUGGGGGACGCAUAGAGGAAUGGCUUUAUGGGGAUCCUCUCCGAAUUGAUGAUUUAAAAAACCCAACCAUAUUAAUUGGUAUUGCAAAUGUGUUGGGUAAAUUUCAUACCCUCAGUCGGAAACGCCAUUUACCUGAACACUGGGAUAGAACACCGUGUAUCUUUAAAAUGAUGGAAAAAUGGAAAAAUCAGCUCUUCAAAUAUAAAAAUAUAGAAAAGUACAAUUGUGAUAUUCAUAAGUAUAUCAAAGAAUCUGAUAAGUUUAUUAAAUUUAUGAGUGUGUACUCCAAGUCAGACAAUUUAGCGAAUUCCAUCGUUUUUUGCCAUAAUGACCUACAAGAAAACAACAUUAUUAACACCAAUAAGUGUUUACGCCUAAUUGAUUUUGAAUACUCAGGCUUUAAUUUUCUCGCAACAGAUAUAGCCAACUUUUUCAUCGAAACAUCCAUAGAUUAUUCUAAAAAAUACAUUUCCUAUGAUAACAGGAAAUUGUUUAUCACUGCAUAUUUAUCAAAUUAUCUGGACAAAUCUCAUGUCGCACCAACCCCCAAAUUAAUUGAUCAAAUAUUAGAGGCAGUGGAGGUUCAAGCGUUGGGUGCUCAUUUGUUAUGGGGAUUCUGGUCCAUCAUUAGAGGGUAUCAAACCAAAAGUUACAACGAAUUUGAUUUUUUUCUAUACGCAAAAGAGAGGCUUAAAAUGUAUGAUGACCAGAAGGAGUAUUUAAUUUCAAACAACAUUAUUAAAGAUUACGAUUAA